CUGACUUCGUAGUUUCAAUUAACGACUAUCCACCAUAAAUCUGCGACUACUACAAACGCACUUUAGCAUAAAGAGUAAUUUAAAAUAUUUUCUUUUUUGGUUCAUUAGCAUAUUUAAGAAUUUGAAUUUUUGAUAAAAGGAUCGAUUCGACUUGAGUUUUUGAUUUACUUUUCAGGUCAUAAACUAUACGUUGGACCGGAAAGCGUACAUUCUUUUGGAAUAAAGGCUUUUAUUGCGGAAAGUUUUAUUGCCCUUUUUUUUGUUUCUAUGGGAAUACUAUUUGAUAACUUCUGGUGAAGCAUGUUAAGAAGUAUUCAAGCUUUUCAUUAUAAGUUUCUGUCUCUUAGGUCGUCCCGAUAAUUUUUUUGAUUUUUGAUUGUUUUGUUUAAUAUCCACGUUGGUGAAAGCCGCGUUUUUCUUUGGUUUUUGGAGCGUUUGAUAUUUUUUAGCAUUUUGACGCUUUGUAACGCAUCUCAAUUUUAAACUGGGUUUCUAUUUAUAUCUUUAUUUUUGACUAUUUAUUAGCAAGGAUUUCUUCAGUCUUUAAUUUUUUUUUCCGUUCAUUGUUUGUUUCUAACUUUAGACUUAUACCUAUAUUUUGCCAGAAAUACUUAAUAUGAAAAAAUACUUGUGGAGAACGCCCUCUAUGGCAAAUCAAAAUGGGCGGUCGCUGAAGGAAGUUAUAAAAUGUACAGCUAUCUAUGAUGUUUUCUCUGUUGUGCAGAAAGUUGGUGAUGGAACGUUUGGUUCUGUACAUUUGGCUACCCGCAAGGGCUCGAUGAAGGUAGUUGCUAUAAAAUCCAUGAAAAAAAAGUUAAUGAAGAUAUCCGAUGCUGCUAGGUUACGUGAAGUUCAUUCCUUGCUUCAUCUGUCUGAGCAUGAUAAUAUUGUUAAUAUUUUUGACCUUUAUAUUGAUCAAUCUUUUUGUUUACAUAUUGUAAUGGAAUUUCUUGAGUUUAAUCUAUUUCAACUAAUUAAUUCCCGACGUGACAAGCCGUUUUCUUACAACAGCGUUCGAGAUAUUAUGAGUCAAAUAUUUAAAGGCAUUGGACACAUUCAUGCGAAUGGAUUUUUCCAUCGGGAUAUGAAACCUGAGAAUAUUUUGGUAUCGCCCAUAGAAAACUCUGAUGUAUACAAGGUGAAAAUUGCAGACUUUGGACUUGCGAGGGAAAUUAAUUCAAGCCCUCCUUACACUGAAUACGUUUCAACUCGCUGGUAUCGUGCUCCCGAAUUGUUACUCCGAGAUUCGUAUUACUCUUGUCCGGUGGACAUAUACGCUGCAGGUUGUAUGGCUUUUGAGAUUGCAACUUUACAGCCAAUAUUUCCUGGAAUGGAUGACCUUGAUCAAUUGUAUAAAAUAUGUGAAAUCUUAGGAAGCCCAGACGAUGAAUCGCAAAAGAUGGGAUUCGGAGGUGGUGGCACGUGGAAGCAAGCAGAAAAACUAACGAAAGAUUUGGGAAUUAUUUUGCCCAAAUCAGCACCUCUGAAUUUACGAGAGUUAUUUUCUCCGCCAUGGAAUGGAGCAUUUGCAUCCAUGCUGACCGAACUAUUACAGUGGAAUCCGGAUGCCAGACCUAGCGCACAAGCAUGUUUGGAGCUUGACUUCUUCGUUGCAAAAGAAGAAAAGGUUCAGAAACCAAGAAAAGAAAAAGAAACGAAAGCAAAUCAAGUCGGGAAGGUUGGCGAAACGCAAGUAUCCCUACCAACGUUUUCACUUCAGAACAUAUUUACCAAAGUUACAUUACCCUACGUUGAGGAUAAGACUGGCAAACGUUCCUCAACGCUUUAUCAAAAGUUCCAUAAAGGGAUUACGGGAUUUAAGCGGACGUUUCAAAAGGCGAACAAAUCGAAAAAGUCUACAAAAAUGUCACAGACGAUUUCAACACCAAUGUAUCGUCCGCCUUCUCCGUUUUUCCCUAUACUUCCGCAAAUACGUCCCUCAACGCCUUUGAACUUAAAGUUGAGAAACUACAUGCUUUCAACUGCGGAAUAUAAUGCGACCAACAAGAGUAUGCCGAUGUUUAUGGAAACGUCGCAAACCGAAGGUCCGAAUCAAUUGAGGGAUAAGGAAAAUACACAAUUUCGAAGAAAAUCAACGAAUGCCAGUACCCCCAGUUACUUCACUUCAUCUGCUAGAAACUCAAUAUUGUCAUAUUUCGAUGCGGAAACCUCUUCUCCUACAACCUUGAACGAUAGAAGUGCAACACUUCGUUCAAGCAAAUUCAGCGGACUCUCAAAUGAUAGUUCGCGGUCAACAGCACAAACGUAUUCCGUUUUGCUGGAGCCUUCCGACUGCGAAAAGACGCUGCUUUGGAAGAAGAGUAGUUUGAAAGGGGAUUCGAAUGCUCAAGUGACGAAGCGGUCUUUGAAGAACUUUAAAGGGGAAGAAGCCGACGAGGAAAAGAAUGAUUCCCACCAACAUCUUGAUUCAGAAAAACCUUCAAUUUUUUCUUCGGAUAUCCUUGAACACGAUUUCCCUGAUUUUUGUGUCACUUCCCUCGCAGAUACGCUGGGUGUUCCUGGCUUGACGUUAAAGUCCGAUUCACAUGUAACAUCUGAAACCAUUUCUUAAUUGCAUGUUGAGAGCGGCUUCUUUGAUUUUCUUUUUUAUUUUUUCUUUCUUUUUGUUGUCGUUUCCUUUUUUUUCGUUUUCGUUCGUUUUGGUUUUGGUUUUGGUUUCGGUUCGGAGUUACUUGGGUUUUCGUUUGUGUAAAGGUGAUUCUCUUUCAGUAUCUUGAAUCUGCACAAUGAAUGCAUUUUACUAAUUUAUUCUACUUUUGGUUAUAUUUUACACUCUGGCUUGCCUUGUCGAACCGAAAGCAUAAGUCUUUCUAUUGAAAAGAAAUCAUCGAUUCGUCUCGAUAUUUGAAUUUUUAUUUCUGCUUUUAAAUAAACGCCAUGGGAUAACCAACACCAUAGGCUUGAUUCUGUAUUACUUUCACUAAUCUUCUUUUGCUAGACUGGACUAGACUGGUCUCAAAACCCAAACGAAGAACAUUCAACACAGGCGCAUCUUGAUUAACUUCUUACCCUUCGCUUCCUCGCUCGUAUCACAAUCUUUCUCGUUAUAAUUCAAUAACGGUUCUUAAUACCCUUUCAUUAAUAAACAAGAAAUUAAAUAAUUUAUAUUUGAGCAUUUAAAGAAAAAUAAACAAACAAAUUGGUUACCGU